AUGCCGGACAUAGUGUCGUGUUGCGAGACAUCCCUGGCAAUAAGAGGGGCACAACAACCAUCCAAGAGUUAUGUCAAAUAUGUCAUACGCCAAAAGCGGGCUGAUGCAAAGAAAGCUCUGAAAGAUCUCCUUCACAGAAGUGGGUCUUCUAAAUUUCCAUUUGAGAGUCAAGAAACAUGGAGAUUUGGAGACCGCAAUUUCUAUGGAGAUCAAGAUUGUGAUUCGGAAAGCUGUCACAAUAAACACCAAGCAAAGUCCCGCCAGCAGUCUGGAAAAUCAAAGAAGAAAGUAAAGCGAAAAAUCAAAAGAGCGGCUUUCUCUGAGGACUUUGAUUUUGAUUCUGAGACAACUUUCCAAGCUACAUUCGGUAAUAGAUGCUACACCUGGUCCUUUAGAAACUGGGCGAGGUCGUCCAGUGAGUAUUCAACCUCUGGCUUUGAAUGGAGGGAACAUUCAAACUGGACAAACAGUAGAACUAGGAAGUGGAAAAGCGCAAGUGAUGCUGAGUCUGAUGACGACUGCGAAGAUUCGUGUUAUGUAGGAUCACAGUUGGAGAGAACUGUCCUUGGUCUGCCUUCAACAGGCCCUCUAAAGCUCGAGGAUGUUAAAAAUGCUUUCCGGCUGUCGGCUUUAAAAUGGCAUCCUGAUAAGCAUCAAGGCUCUUCUCAGGCGGUGGCGGAGGAAAAAUUCAAAAUGUGUCUUGAUGCAUACAAGUCAUUAUGCAGGGCUCUUUCCCCAGCUUAGGUGACAGCUGGGGCACGUUCUGGUUCUGAAGCUGUCAGUUUCCAAUUCAAUAAUGAUGUCCGUCAGAGGUGGACCAACAUAUUUAAUUAUUUACAUUUUGUUUUUAUUGAUAACUAAAUCAAGAUUUUGAACCCGCAUUGUUGAAGGAAGAGUUGGGUGUGUCUGAGCUGUAUUACUAUUACGAGAAAAAUGAAGGGAGACACAGUUAUUUACUUAUUCUCUCU